AUGGCGAAAUCCAGAAAGCGAGGGAACACGAAUACGUCAAGACGAGGCCCGGCGCGCUCGCAUGUUCUAUUCGUUUCCAUCCUCGCUGGCGCGGUUGGUAUAAUAUGCUUCUACAUAUUCAGAUAUGACUGGGCGCGAAAGUUAUGGUCGGAGCACUCAGUAGAGGAUGGAGGCUUUCUCGAAGUUACGCAGCUUCCGGGAAAGGGCAUGGGUUUAGUCGCUUUGAGGGACAUCGAACCAGGCCAGCUACUCAUCCGCGAGAAGCCUCUCUUUACAGUCCCCUCUCAAAUCUCUUCAUCGCCGGCGAGCUUGAUCUGGACAUCUCUCGCCCGCGUGACCCCCUCUGAACGCGAUGCGUUCCUCAACCUCUCAUAUGUGCACUUUCCCCCUCACUUGAGCCCCGAAGACCAUCCCGAAGAGGUCGCACUCGCAAUAUUUCAGACCAACGCAGUCAGCGCCGGCGAUAAUGUUGGUAUAUUUCCGCAGAUGGCUAGGUUGAACCACGGCUGUUCAAGCGCUUUCAAUGCUGUUUACUCUUGGAGAGAGUCUGAAGGAGUAUUGGUUGUACAUGCAUUGAAGGAAAUCCGUAAGGGCGAGGAACUGCUGACGACGUAUACGGAUACAAAGCGACCCCGGCGUCACCGAAGAGAAUAUCUCUCAACGCAAUAUGGCUUUUCGUGUACCUGUGCUGUGUGCUCUCUUCCAUCUCAACAAUCUAGGGCAUCCGAUCGACGCCUAAACGCGAUGGUUGAUAAGUAUCAGCGACUGUCGACAUGGGCUCAAGGCUCCAUUGGCAAAGAUGAAGCAAUCAAGCUAACGAACGAGAUCUGGGCGCUUGGAGAGGAGGAGGGAUAUUGGAGUGAGCGAGGGAGGUUGGCAGCUGACGCCGCUUGGGUUGCGGCGGCUCAUUCUGACAUCGACGCAAUGAAGGCAUGGGCGCUUAGGGCGAAGACAUGGUAUUCGCGAGAGCUUGGCAGUGAUAGCAAGCAAGCGCAAGAGAUGGAGUCUAUUCUGGAACGACCACAAUCUCAUCGUGCUUGGGGGACGCGUUCGUCUACGAAAGGUUGA